AUCGGUUUGUGGUGGUAAAUAGACAGCUAUAAAGAAUAUAGAUAAACUCUCUUUGUAAAUAAUGUGGUCUACAGCUUAUCAUGAGAUACUCUACCUUAGGUGAGCAAAACCUCUAGACUUCCUUAGAAGACAACAAAAGUUGUUUUGUCAAGAUCACUAGAUAAACUCUAUAAAUAAGAGUGGACGUAUUGAUUAUAGAUUGACAGUACGGCUGAGGUGGCAGCGGUGGAUCAGCGCAUACAUUUUUAUUGUUUGCUACGUUUCAUACUAACAUAAUGCUCUCAUUUGUGUUUGGAGCUCAUUACCAGUUAAUAUAUUAGAACGUUAGCAAGAUAAAUGUCCCUUACCUUGAGCUAAAGAGCUUGUUGGGGAGCUAGCUCACAAGAGUAGACAAUUAUGCUGUGUUGUUUCUUGCAUGCGAUUGGCUGAGGUCUUGGGGGGAGCGCAGCCUGGGAGACAGAGCUGCCUGUCAGGCAUCGUUCAGUGCUUAAAUGCCCCACGAGAUCACAGGGCUCCUUGAAGUGGUGCUUUAACAUGCAUUUGAACAAAUUAAUUAAUGAUGCAUGAUACUUUUUACUAUCUCGUGAUUUCGACAAAACAACUUGUGUUAUGUCGUGAUCAUGAGCAAAUGAUCUUGUGUUUGAUAACGUUCCAUUUAUUCCAAUUCAGCAAUUACAAUGAGCCCAUCCUCCUAUAGCUCCUACCACCAGUCUCCACUCAUACAGUCAUUGAUUAACAAGGGUCAUGGCUAGAAGGGAUCCAGCUUUUGUCAAAUGUUAGACCCAACCAAAUUCACAUAGAAUUAUACAUCUGUCAUUCUCAUUGAAAGCAAGUCUAAGAAGAGGUAGAGGUUCUAUGUGAGCUAUUUCUAUGCACCCCCUUCUGAAGUUGGGCUCCCGAGUGGAGCAGUCUACGGCACUGCAUCUCAGUGCUAGAGGCGUCACUACAGACACCCUGGUUCGAUUCCAGGCUGUAUCACAACCGGCCGUGAUUGGGAGUCCCAUAGGGCGGCACUCAAUUGGCCCAGCGUUGUCCGGGUUUGGCCGGUGUAGGCCGUUGUGAAUAAGAAUUUGUUCUUAACUGACUUGCCUAGUUAAAUAAAGGUUGGAAAAAAGUAUCGUUUUUGCUUUUACUUUCGGUUUUGUACACCAGCUUCAAACCACUAAAAAUACAAUAUUUUGGGUUAUGGAUAAUAUAUUUCACAGCGGUUUAAAUGGUACAAUGAUUCUCUACGCAAUGACUGUUUUUUUGUCACAUGAAAUUAGGCGAACUAUUUGAAUUUUAGCAACCAGGAAAAGGCGGAGCGAUUUCUGCAUAUUGCACCUUAAGCAGACCGGAACUGUGACCUUUUUUUUCAAUGGUAAAAUGCUGAGUAUGACAUCUUCAUAUAUCAAACAUCUUUGUUGUAUAUGUUGAACUGUCAAACACCCCCCCAUUCCAGCAGAACGACGAUUAUCAACUGGUGGCUGUAUUUCACAACAAGUGGGACAACUGUAAAACUAUAUUUUGGAACCGUGUACAGCAGCAGUCAGUGUUGAAAGACCAACAAUAAAUCCUGACGCUACAGUAUGGCCUGGGCUCUCACAGCAUGGAAUUGGUAUCCUCUCUCUGUCCUAUAGAGUUUUAGGUCAGGUUUUUACAAAUGCUCUGAACAGUUUGUAAUGGACCUAAAAUAUAUAUUUCUGAAUAAGAUCCUCCAAUUCACCAGGGUAGGAACCAAGACCCUGUGGAUUUCAGAGUAACGUUACACCAUUUUACCCAAGACCUACUUUCGAGAGGCAGAGGGUGUGCGUUGUCUAAGUGGGAAUGGGAAACUGGUGUUGUCCUGCUGCUAGUCCCUGUGACAAUGUGGAGGAAAUAAGUGGGUUACUUCAUGGGGGUGUCAAGGUUCCAGAAUCCUCAUCAGAAUGUGGAGAGGUCUCUGGAUUCCACAAUGGUUCCAAGGAAGAUUCUGAAGUGAGGAAAAUGGGAGGAGACGAUGCAGAGGAAAAGAAAGACAAAGAGGUGGCUGUUGUGACUGUGCAAGUGUGGCGUGGUGUCCCUCCCAAAACCAAUGGAAAGGAAGACAUUGCCCAGCCCCAGACUAUAGAGAAGAAUGGACUCCUCCAGACAGACAGACAGGCUGAGGAGCCGUCUCCCAACACAGGCACUGGACUCAUAGAAAACUCCAUCCUUACAGCACUGGACAAAAGCAUUGAGGAUACAGCCACAGAGAGCACAAAUGUAGAAGCUCAGAUAUGCACUUCAGAUCCUCCCCAGGGUCCCCAUAAGGAAGAUGCGCAAGGAGGAGGAGAUGCAGAGAAGGUCCCGGCUGAGAUAGAUGUAGCUGUACUUGCUGAGCAGACCUUCACCGUGGUCCAGAAUGAACACUCAGAUAAUAUAACAAUUACACCUGAUGCUAAGGACAAAUGCCCUGAAGCCUUUGCCCUCAAAGCUGAGAUACCAGUAGAAUCCAUUACCUCUGAAACUGUGGAUGAGGAUUCAACAAUACCCCUCCACAAUGCGGAGCCAGAGAAGUGUUGUCUUGGCACUGUGGUGGUCACAUCUCUCCCAGACUCCCAGCUCACCCCACCAGAGGCCUGUGAGAAGGCAGCAUCUACCGACAGUGUCCCUCACCUGCCCUCAUCUCCAUCUCCCACUAUCACUGUGAUGAAGGGGGUUGAUGGUAAAGCAAAUAGGAGCUCUGUAGCGCACCUGAAUGACAGUCCACAGGAUCCUGAGGCUUCUCCAGCUUUAACAGGAGCUACACAGAAUGGUCUGGUUCCCCAAAACCUCACUGAACUAGUGAAGGAACCAGUGAGAUUGAGUCCUUCUGGGACCAGGAAGAGUCAAAACUCCUGUGAACAAGCGAAGGAAGGUAUCCAGGGUGGAUUGGUUGAAGUCCCAUCUUUGAAAGGCCUCUUAGAUGAAGGAGCAGAGGAAGAAGUGCCAGAAACAAAGGAACAGGAGGAUGAGGAGAUGGAGAGUGCUGCUGCAGGGGCCAUGACAGGGGAUGAGACGGGAGGGGAGGAGGUCCAAAAAAGAGAGGGCCAUCAGGGGCCCAGCACCUCAGCUGAUGUGGAGGUGUUACAAGUGAGGGAAGAAGAUGGUCCUGCUGGGGAGGAUCUGGGAGUUAGCGAGGAAGACCUGUAUCGAGGAGCUGAAGAGCUCCCCCAGGGGCCAGUCAAACAUGUAGGACCGGAGCCACUGUUUGAAAUCACACUUCCAAAGGUUGAGGACCGAUGCAGUCUGGAGCCAAUGGUGGAUAUUACGUCCUACAGUGAGAGAGAGUGGAAGGGAUACACUGCCAAAAGUACCCUUAUUAGAAAGGGUUACACUGAGUUGUCUCAGAGGUUUGGGAGCCUGAGACGGGUGAGAGGAGAUAACUACUGUGCCCUCCGAGCCACUCUGUUCCAGGUGCUCUCCACCAGCACCCAGCUGCCUGUAUGGCUGCAGGACGAACACAUUUCCACGUGGCUGGAGGAGCUGGAGGGCCUGAUUGGCCAGUGGAUGUUCCCCUCAGAGUGCAGACCGAGUGAGGAAAGCGAAGACGCCGCCCAACAGCUCAAACGCUACAUGGAACUCCUCCAGAACAGGGAGGCGGUGGGCUGCUCCAGUGCGGAGGAGAGACUGUGUCUGUGUGAGCGUGUGUUCCAGGGAGGGGAGGAGGAGCUGGGCCUGCUGGAAGCCCUGAAGCUCCUCAUGCUGGGCCGGGCCGUGGAGCUCCACACCACCAUGCAAGAGGGAGGAGACGUGCCCGUCUUCUGCUGGCUUCUCUACGCACGCGACUCUUCCGACUGCCCACGCAGCUUCCUGUCCAACCACCUGAGCCAAGUGGGAUUCAGCGGGGGGCUGGAGCAGGUGGAGAUGUUUCUGCUGGGGUAUGCCUUGCAGUGCACCAUCCAAGUCUACAGGCUGUACAUGGCACACACAGAGGAGUUUGUCACCUAUUUUCCCGACGACCAUAAGGAAGACUGGCCCUGUGUAUGUCUGGUCACAGAGGAUGACCGGCACUACAAUGUCCCAGUGGGCCAGCCCAAUGGACUCCAGGUCCCAGAAGACCUCAAUGCAAGCUGAUUGGACUCAAAGUCCCUGAUUUGCCACUGAAGAAGCUGCUCAUGGCAGGCAGAACAGAAAGCACUCAUGUUGACUGGGUGAACACUGAACAUAUUCCUGCCUAUUGACAUUAUGGCCCCAUUUACACCUGUUGGAAAAAGAGCUUUUGGAAUCUGACUAGAACUGAUGAUGGGAUGCAUUUUUUUUAAUAGCAGGUGUAAAUGGGUACUAAAACACCCAUAAAGGGUGAGAGCAGAGUAGGCUACAGUAUGCAGAGGUUGAUUCCUCACAGCACAUUUUAGCAUUGUUUGACACUGAAACCAUGACCUUGAAUCAAUUUUAGCUACCAGUUAGUUAUUGGUACUUAAAUUUAGAAGAUUUAUUUUAUGUAACUCGUGAAAUACACAAUUUUAAGGCACUGGUAAGGUUAGCAGUAACUGCAUUACUGGAGUACAGAAGGGAGGAGUUUGUUUGAUCAUUUGUCCCUGCAUCAGUGGCAUGCCAGGUCUCUGCUUGCUGCCAUACGCUCGAGUAAAGGUGUGGUAUUAUUUCAAAAUAUAACAUGCUGACUUUAACCAAGGUGGUCUUGGAGAAAAUGCAUUGUGCCAAUGUUGUUGCAAAAUCCAGAUACUGGCAACAGCUUCCUGGUUCAUUGUCAAACCAGCAGCCUCUGAGUUGGGUUCUACAUGUUGCCUUAAGUCAUUUAUGCACAAUAUGGGUGAACAUUGGUUGCUGCCUGGAGACCAUUUUGGAAGAAAAGGUUGAAAAAAAGGCUAACACUGAUUAUACCACUUGGGUAAACACUUUUCUACAGUGUUGAAUUUGUGCAGUAUGAUUGCAGAGUUUUUAAAGGAAAUAAAAUCAAUAUUUUCAAAAUAAA